AUGGUGACGAGAAAAGUAUGGGUUAAACGGCCAUUGGCCUCUCCUACGUUGAUCACCAUAAAUGAAGAAGAUUUAGUGGACGACGUCCGCGAUCUGAUCUUGCGAAAAUACGCAAAUUCUCUGGGGCGUCAAUACGACGCCCCAGACCUGACGCUUCGCAUAUGUGAUAGGGAACAGCAAACGAGCAGACCUUUACAACCAGACGAACCCAUGGGUAGAACUCUUGACGCCUAUUAUCCCGGUGGCCAAUCCGUCGACGAUGCCCUCUUAAUCGAUAUACCUAGCCGUCGUACACCUAAAGCCUCCCCGAAUCCUAGAUAUUACGCCGACGACCGGCCUCACGAGUCCGCAACCGAUUAUUUCCCACCGUAUCCCCCCGCUGCUGCUCAACACCCCAAUAACGCUUCCACGACAGUUCUCAACGGUACUCAUCAGCUUCACUUUCCCCCAUCCCUAACCGUCAUCAACGGAGGACAGCUACCACCGCUACCCUCUCCCGGAGGGACGAGACGACUCGGAACUUCGAGGCCUAAAAUUCAGAGAAUGCAUACGGCAUCGCCAGUUUCUACUGCCCCAAGCGGUCACGCUUCGCAAUCCGUAUCACAGCCUACCGGUAUGCACAAUUACCCAAGACAGCCACGCUCAAGGACUCAUUCAGGUGCAUCUUCAGAACAGUCCAAUCAUCCGCCUGCCGCCCCUUCGAUCUCGACUCCCCCUAUCCCGGAACGCACUGCCACCCCCCCUCCCCGCGUCUCCUCGCCACGACUCCUCAAUCGGUCUAAGAAGAUCAAGAAGCCUAUCGAACACCCUUCCUUGCCGCCGGGCAUGUUGAACGGCGGCGUCCCACCUAUCAACGUCCUCAUCGUCGAAGACAACAUCAUCAACCUAAAGCUAUUAGAAGCCUUCGUGAAGCGAUUAAAAGUCCGAUGGCAGACGGCCAUGAACGGGAGAGAAGCGGUGAAUAAGUGGCGCGCCGGCGGCUUUCAUCUGGUCCUGAUGGAUAUCCAAUUGCCCGUCAUGAGCGGUCUCGAGGCCACCCGCGAGAUCAGGAGGAUAGAGAAGGUUAACUCCAUCGGCGUCUUCUCCUCGUCCGCCAGCAGCCCCCCGGACGAGAUCAAGGCGGAACCCGCGGAGGAAGAUAAGCUCGUCAAUACGGAGAUGUUCAAGAGCCCCGUCAUCAUCGUCGCCCUCACUGCCAGCUCCCUACAGAGCGACAGGCACGAGGCGUUGGCCGCCGGUUGCAACGAUUUCCUAACCAAGCCUGUCAACUUCGUCUGGCUCGAGAGAAAGGUUAUGGAAUGGGGCUGCAUGCAGGCUCUGAUCGACUUCGACGGGUGGAGGAAGUGGAAAGACUUCUCGCAAAAGGCCGAGGAAGACGACUCCAAGAAGGCCGCCGCCGCUAAGAACACCAAGGUUCCUAAGAAGAAUCGGUUGCCGACGACCGCCGCCGCUUGA